AUGGCACAGACGUCCAGUGCAGCAAAACCGGGGAAAUCGCCAAUACCUCCCCCGCCAGGUGCACCGCUGCUCACCCAGGAGAGCUUCGAGAAAGAGUUGAAAUCCCUCGCUGAGCAAGCCAGAUCCGAGACCUGGGGGAAAUGGGCCGCCGAGCAAGCCUGGAUCCUGGCUCAGUCCGGGACUCUGCUCACCCUGGCGGCUGUCUACUCCAAUGUAUCGAAGCUCAGCUUGUCACCCGUCUACGGCGGCAUCCCAGCUUCCAGACUGCAUUCGAAGGGGGUCAUGACGGCCUGCUUCCUGGGCUGGUCGUCGAAUCUAUUUCUCAGGAGGCAGUUGCCCGUGAAGCCGCAGCAUCUGCUGCCGCUUCUUGCGGCCUACGUUCCUGUGAUGCAGUUUUUCCUCUUUAAGAUCAGUGGGAGCCUUGGGGGAGUCUAUGGACCGAUCAUCACGGAGUCGUUGACGCAUUUGCCGCUGCUUUUGCUGUCUGUUUCUCGCACAGCGACGAUUCUGGAGGACUUGGAGAUGAGUCCGGGACGGGUGCAGUGGCUGGCUGAUGCCAUGCCUGGAAUCUUGUCGUAUUCUUUUCUCAGGGGGAUGGAGUACGUCUCGAUGAACAGUAUCCAGAGAGGGAUUGGAGCGUCGUUCUUCCAAACUCGAUUAGGAUUGCAAAUUUUGUUAGCUGGGCUUUACGCGAUCUUUGCACCUUCCAAGUUGCUUCUCUUCGCCAUUCCGGCACUCUUGCAUACGGCGCUUUUCAACGUCCAUGUGCCAUAUUCGUACACAACAUCGGCCUUGAAUGCGACCUUGCAAGAAUCAAACUGGACGCUUCUCGAAAGACAAGAGUCUCUCACUGGGUACAUCUCCAUCCUCGAGAGCGCAGAGCAUGAGUACCGGGUUAUGAGAUGCGACCAUAGCCUCCUGGGCGGAGAAUGGCUCGUCAAAACCGCACGAAACAGCAUGCCAGAGCCCAUCUACGGAGUCUUCAUAAUGCUCGAAGCCGUCCGACUAGUGGAAGUCGAGAAGCCCGUACCGGAUUCAGAAGCAAAGGCCUUUGUCGUCGGUCUGGGAAUCGGCACAACUCCAGCCGCGUUAAUGGCUCACGGAAUCCAGACCACGAUUGUAGAGAUCGACCCAGUGGUACACGACUUUGCAACCAAGUACUUCAACCUCCCCAAGAACCACAAGAAGGUCAUCGCGGACGCCGUCGCCUACGCGCACGAGGUCGCUCAGACCGACGAGAAAUACGACUACGUCGUCCACGACGUCUUCACUGGAGGCGCCGAGCCCGUAGACCUCUUCACCUACGAGUUCCUGCAAGACCUGAACUCGAUCCUGAAACCUGGCGGUUCCAUUGCCAUUAACUACGCAGGCGACCUCCUCCUGCCCUCGGCCCGCAUCAUCGUCGCCACCAUCUUGCGCGUCUUCCCCACCUGCCGCAUCUUCCGGGAGUCGGCGCCGCCGACCCCGGACCAGCUCGAGGCCGACGGCCGCGACUUUAUCAACAUGGUCAUCAUCUGCACCAGCGGCGCGUCGUCGUCGGUGUCGUUCCGCUCGCCGGUCGAGGCGGACUUCCUGGGCAGCAAGGCCCGCCGGAGGUACCUGAUGCCGCGGUACGAGGUCGACUACGCCGCCGUCUUCGAGGAGAGGGAGGGCGAUGGCGGCUUGUUGAGGGCGAAUGCGACGGAGAGGUUCCAGGGCUGGCAUGAGCAAAGUGCGCUGGGCCACUGGGCGGUUAUGAGGACGGUUAUCCCGCCGGUGGUGUGGGAGAAUUGGUAG